UUAGUAAGUUAUUAAUUUGAGAUAGUAAGUCAUAAUUUUGAGAUACUAUCACAUUAUUUUUAGAUACUAAGUGAUUGUUUUGAGAUAACAAGUGUGUUUUCUUUUGUGGAAAAAACACGUUUUUUCUUUCUUUCUCCAGAGAAGCUGUAGAUGCAGCGCUACACUAUUUAAUACAAUAAAAUAGAACUCCAGCGUGUUUUUCAUCUGUAGCGGUGUUGUUUUCCGGUGCUGUGUCGAGUUGGGCUACCCGUCGAUAUGUGCUUCUUACCACCAGUGCGGAAGCGGAGAUCCACCAGAAAGUUUUCAUAUGUUUUUUUACGGUUAUUCUGUUUAAUUGCGUGCAUUAAACAACCGAAACUUCCUGUAAUUAUUUGUGUUUGAAAUACACGUGUGUAAAUUGAGUUAAUAAUGAAAAUCCCUUUUCUGUCUCCCUUAACUGUAGCCUAAUAAGAUGAACAUAACAGACUUCACUUUCUGGGAUUUUUAAAAAUAUAAUUAAUUAUCUCGUGAUAAAAAGGUUGACCUUUCCCUCCUUCCACUCGUGUACAAUUUCAUGUCCAUUGUGGGGCUCUGUAGUUGUCAUAGCUUUACGCUACAGAAAGGUGGCGGUAUGGAGCUGCGGCUGCCUGCAGUCCGCCAGUACAGAUAAACAGAGGUAAACAGGAGGCGGUGUGAGUGCUGCUGCUGAGCUGCUCUGUAUUUAGGAGGCUGGUUUUAUGUGGAGACACAUGGCGGCGAAUAUUAAAGAUAAAGAGGCUUUUCAGAGACUGAACUUCCUCUACCAGGCUGCUCACUGCGUUUUAGCCCAACCUCAAAACGUGGAACUGGCUCGUUUUUACUGCUUUACCCAAAAAACUAUCGCCAGAAGACUGGUGCUGAGACAAGCUAGAAGUCGCAGAAGGCAGAGUGUGACUGUAAUACGAUGCGUCAGCUGUGGACUGACCAGAACGUUUCCAAACAAUCCAAAACAUCAGCUUUGGGUGGACCAACCAGAGGCACAAUCAGCCUCAGACAGAAGCACAGAAUCAACCGUCCAAGGCUGCAGUCCAGGGUGA